AUGCAAGCAAAGUGGACACUAAGCAUCUCCUAUUCCAGUGACAUGUACCAGAAUUUAGCUGUAAAGUUGGCCUACGGAAAAACUCUGGAUUUAAGCAGAAACAAUGUAUUUUUUGUUAACCCCUCAGACUUCCAAGGACUUCGCUCCCUCAAAUGUCUCAACUUGUCAGAUAAUGCAAUAAGUCAAACUUUAAAUGGAAGUGAAUUCUCUUACUUGUCUGAAUUGAAAUAUCUGGAUUUUUCUAACAACAGGGUUGAUUUGCUAUACCAAACUGCUUUCAAAGAACUAAAACUUUUAGAAAUUCUAGAUCUGAGCAAUAACCAGCAUUAUUUUCUGGCAGAAGGUGUUACUCAUGUGCUUAGUUUUCUGAAAAACCUAGUCCAUUUGAGGAAGCUGAUGAUGAAUGACAAUGACAUUUCUACCACUAUUGAUACGGGAAUGGAAAGUCAAUCUCUUCGAAUUUUAGAAUUCAGAGGAAAUCGUUUAGAUGCUUUAUGGAUGGAUGGCAAUGCUAGAUACUUGUCCUUCUUCAAGAAUCUGACCAGCCUGGAAGAACUGGAUAUUUCCUUCAACUCACUCACUUUUUUGCCUCCUGAUGUUUUUGAAGAAAUGCCUCCCAGUCUCAAGAUCCUCAACUUAACCAAUAAUCGACUGAAGAGUUUUAUCUGGGGAAACCUCCCCUCUCUGAAGAACCUAGUGACUCUGGACCUGAGCAAUAACCUUCUGACUAAUGUUCCCCGAGAACUGUCCAAUUGCACUUCAUCUCUCCAAGAACUGAUCCUCCGAAACAAUCGCAUUCAUAGGUUGACUAAAUAUUUUCUCAGAGGUGCUUUUAAACUGAGAUACUUGGACCUCAGCUCAAACAAGAUUGAGAUAAUUAAGAAAUCUAGCUUCCCUGAAAAUGUCAUUAACAACCUGAAGAUGCUGCUUUUGCAUGGCAAUCCUUUUAAGUGUAACUGUGAGGCUGUGUGGUUUGUCUGGUGGAUCAAUCAGACGCAGGUGACCAUUCCUCUUCUGGCCACUGAUGUCACCUGUGCUGGCCCAGGGGCACAUAAGGGAAGGAGCGUGGUUUUCUUGGAUCUCUACACCUGUGAGCUGAACACAUCAUAUUUUAUUCUGUAUGCUCUGUCAUCUUCAGCCAUCCUUGCCUUAAUGGUGUUCACAGUGAUGAGCCACCUCUACUUCUGGGAUGUGUGGUACAGCUACCAUUACUGCACUGCCCGGCUGAAGGGCUAUCGGCGCUUGCCUUCGCCUGCUGCUUGCUACGAUGCCUUUAUUGCCUACGACAGUGAAGACCCAGCUGUGAACGAGUGGGUGCUGCAAGAGCUGGUUGAAAGGCUGGAAAACCAAAAAGCCAGGCAGUUCAAUUUAUGCCUGGAAGGAAGGGACUGGCUCCCAGGACAGCCAGUCUUUGACAACCUUUCCCAGAGCAUUCAGCUGAGCAAAAAGACCAUAUUUGUGCUGACCAACAGGUACAUUAAAAGUGGCCGCUUCAAGACAACAUUUUAUAUGGCUCAUCAGCGGCUUCUGGAUGAAAAAAUGGAUGUCAUUAUCUUGAUAUUUCUUGAGAAGGUUUUGCAGAAGUCCCGCUAUGUCCGUCUGAGGAAGAGGCUGUGCAGAAGUUCAGUCCUGGAAUGGCCAACUAAUCCUCAGUCUCAGCCCUACUUCUGGCAGUGCCUGAAAAAUGCCAUAGCUACGAGCAAUUCUCUGGCUUACAACAAGCUUCUCCAAGAAACUGUUUAGCUCUACUCUCCCUGUCAAUAUUGUUAUGAAGCACAAGAUCAAAUGACCCCAAAUAAAAGAUCCUGAACUUCAUCUGCAGAAACUGUCAAAGCCUGGAAGUUAUACCUCUUUGACGUAUAUACCCCAAGAUGAAAGGCACUAUUACUUUGAAAUCCAGUAAUACAAAAUUGAAUAGAAAAUGUUGCCAGAACAAAUAUUUAGUUGUCAUGUACUUUGCUUUGCACUGAUCUCUGCACUGGAAGGGCAGGUUCUAAAAUGGGAAGGUAUGUGAGAUCAGGUUCUGUAGAGCUUGCAGGCUGCUUUGUGAAAGCAAGGAGGGGGAGCAGGGCAGCAGAGAGGCAGAGGAAUAGGCACAAGGCAGAUGGGGAAAAUCCAGAGACUAUACAAAGAAAGGAAGGGAAAAGAAAAAGAGAGAAAUUGGAAAAGGUGCUAAGAAAAGAGGAAAAUGUGGCUACACUAAUGCAUAGCCGGUUCAGAUGCAUUUACUGCUAAUCUCCAAAUAGAUUUCUCACUUUGCCUUUCAUCUGCCUCCUGGGCUUUUGGCUGAGCUGGCUCCUCCCUGAAGACUUUAGGGCUCCUCUCUAAUGUUGUAGUAUCAGUUUGAGGACCUUUUCCACCCAAUCCUGGAGUGACCACCCUUUCUGUAUCUUGGGUGUUAGCUGCUCUAGCCAGGCCUGGAGCCUGAAGAAUACCACUUGUCCCCAGAAGAAAAUCUAAACAGAAUUUGCAAGUGAAAAGCAUGUAAGAUGAAGUCACGCAAGGAAAGCAUUAUUCCCACUGUUUCUUUAACUGUGGUUCUCCAGAGAAGCCUUAAGCUCUUCUUCAUCUCCUUGUUCCCCAGGCAGGUCCCUCUUCCACAGCAGCUGAUGGGACACUACUAAACACUUGAGAUAGGAAUGGGUCUGGCUUUAGGGACAUCCUGAAGAAGUGAAGAAAAAUAAACACUUGUGCUUGUUCCCCACUCUGUUUCACAGUACAGACUCAUUGAACACAUGAGAGUAUUUCAAGUGAAACCUUUUGUAAUGGCAGCCUAAACCUCUGAGUAUGACACAGGCAGGUUCUCUGCUUGAUGUGAUUAUGUCUGUUUUUCGAGAAGCAGCACAUUUUCACCUUGCUGAGUGCUUCUGUCUGCAGCAGUCUGGGCAGCUUCUCCCCUCUUGAUCAAAGUUCUUUUCUGGCAACUAGUCUCGUUGACAUCUCUGGCUGAUGUUGUCAUUGUUAAGUGCUUUAAACUUCUUUAUUUCAGAUGCCACUUCCAUUUCCUUACCUAAGUGUUCUGGCUGAUCUUUUCUUUUGGCAACAAGACAGAAAAACAAAGAAACACAAGAAAAGAAACUUUAUUUAAUAAUAUAACAGAUAAGAAGGGUUUUUCUCAAUUUUUCACAACAUUUUUAUUGAUUAAAUACAAAAGUAGGAAAAAGAUGUGGGCCUCGUUAAAAAGGGAGUUUUAGAGUUUUAUUUUAGAGUUUUAUUAUAGAGUUUUAGAGUUAUAUUUUAAUAAUGUGUAUUUCUGGUGGUUUUGUUUGUAAGCCAAAACAAUCUGUAUGUCUAAAUAUAACAUGAACUGUAAUGUGUCUCUGUCCAUAAGGUAAUACUUGAAACAGGAACCUCUAUCCCACAGUUACUCCCACACCAUCUCCCCCUGCUUCCCCACAAAACAUCUAUUUGGAGCAGAUC